GAGCGGAUGGGAGAGGAGCGGCUUGGGGACGAAGACUGACCUCUAACUGCAUUUUUAGUUUUUUUUUUUUGUUUGUUUUUUGCAUGGGUCAGGAUGUGAAGCUUAAACGGGCAUUUUUUUUAUGCUGGAUUUGAGCCACCGGCGGCGCGCCAUGGACUGGAUAAACCGCCCUUUGAAUCAGCGCUCUAACGGUCUUUUUCACGGCGCUGGCUAACGUCGACGGCCCGGGAUGCGGUUCACUUGUCGGUGAAAACAGAUGCACCUCACGCUCCGCUGCUCUGCGUGGACGCUGUUUCUGUCCGGAGCUCUGGGACAGUUUCAUGGGUUUAACUCCAGCUUCACUGUGAAUAAAUCAGCGAGAUGUAUGCCGGGCGGAAAAGAAGAAAACCGGCUCAGAAAGGAAUCAAGCCGCCCCCUGCUGAAGGCGCCAAAUCCAACCCAUCGAAGCGCCACCGUGACCGCCUGAACUCAGAGCUGGAUCGGCUCGCCAGCCUCUUGCCCUUCCCCGAAGACGUCAUCUCCAGCCUGGACAAGCUGUCCAUCCUGAGGCUCAGCGUUAGCUACCUGCGCACCAAGAGCUUCUUCUCAGUGGCGCUGAAGAACUGGCCGUCUAGUGGCAAAAACAGCAGUGAUCUCAGCAAUGGCAGCAAGACGACAGGGGCUGCAGGCGGCCGGAUACCUGAGGGGGAGCUGCUACUUCAGGCCCUGAACGGCUUCGUUCUGGUGGUGACGGCUGAGGGAAUCAUCUUCUUCUGCUCUCACACCAUCCAGGAUUACCUUGGCUUCCAUCAGACUGACGUGAUGCACCAGAGUGUGUUUGAGCUGAUCCACACUGAUGACCAGCAGGAGUUCAGGAGGAACCUGCACUGGGCCCUCAACCCACCUGUGAGCCAGGGACCCCCCACAGAUCCCCCAGCAUCCUCAGAUAGUGAAUCGGUGUCGACCUCUUCCUGCCUGGUGAGCUACAAUCCCGAACAGCUUCCACCUGAAAACUCGUCCUUCCUGGAAAGAAGCUUCAUCUGCCGCUUCCGCUGUUUGUUGGAUAAUUCCUUCGGCUUCCUGGCGCUGAACAUCCAGGGCCGGCUGAAGUUCCUUCACGGCCAGAGUCGGCAGCAGUGCGACAGCGAGCGCACCAAGCCACCUCAGCUGGCGCUCUUCGCCAUCGCCACGCCCCUCCAGCCUCCAGCCAUCCUGGAAAUCAGGACGCGGAACAUGAUCUUCAGGACCAAACACAAGCUGGACUUCACACCCAUGGCGUGUGAUGCAAAGGGUAAAAUAGUCCUGGGCUACACUGAGGCGGAGCUGAGAGUGCGAGGUUCAGGAUACCAGUUCAUCCAUGCUGCCGACAUGCUGUACUGCGCCGAAAAUCACGUCCGCAUGAUAAAGACGGGCGAGAGCGGCCUCACCGUCUUCAGGCUGCUUACCAAGGACAACCGGUGGAAGUGGGUCCAGGCCAAUGCCCGGCUCAUCUACAAGAAUGGGAAGCCGGACUACAUCAUCGCCACUCAGAGGCCUUUGGCGGAUGAGGAAGGAGGAGAACACCUGAGGAAGAGAUCAAUCCAUCUCCCCUUCACCUUUGCCACUGGAGAGGCUCUGCUCUACCAAACCGGAUACCCACUUCAUGGCUUCACCGACUCGGUCCAGGGCAAAGCCAGAGGCAGCAAGUCCAAGAAGGGCAAAGUGGACAAGAGUUCAGAUGAGGUACACCCAAAGUCACUGCUGGGUGUGCUCAUGAGCCAGGAUGAGUCAGUGUACGAGUGCCAGUCUGACACAGAGCCUAAAGUGUCCUACCACACCAGCCUUUUCAGCGAGCAGCAGAGCAGGACUGAUGGUCUGGGUGGUUUGUUCAGCAGUGACAGCUGGUAUGUUGUCUCUAGCAAGGAGGCGACAGGGGAGUGCAAUGGCAAAACCUCCAGUUUUGACCCCCUUCUGGACACGUUGGACUCUCUGUCUCUGGAUGAAGAGGAAACGUGUUCCAACAGCGAACUCUUCAGCGCACUGGAGAAUCUUGGCCUGAAUGCCGAGGAUCUGGAGCGGCUGCUGCUGGAUGAGAGAAUGGUGCACGUAGAGCUGGACCCAGACCACAUCCCAACUCUCAGCGACCUUCUCAGCAACAACGAAAUCCUCUCCUACAUUCACGACUCUCUGGAGAGUUCGAGUCAGGGGCAGGAACAGAUGAAUGCAGGCGGAUUGGGAUUUUCAAACCAAGGAUCAAAUUCUGCCCAAAGUGUCUCCCAGCAGGUGUGUUUGACUGCUGGACAAGAGACAGGGGGAACUGACAGUCACUGGGGUGUACAAACAGAGAACCACGAUCAUCAUCACACCAACCAUGCAAAAGUUACGGAGCUAGAGAGCAAACGUGAGAACUCUCCACAGUGGCAAGUCCAACAGGACCAGCUCUCUGCCCCUCUCCAGUACCACCUGCAGGUAAGCAGCGAGAGCACUUUGUUGUCUGGCUUCCAGAAUAAUCUACUUCGACCAACUUCAAAUGGGUCUUGCAUUCCAAGUGGACUCGCAGCUUUUACACCAAACAUGGAGGUUGGACACCCGCAUUACAGCGUGUGCAGCACAGACGGUACAGUGCUAAACAGCUCAACCUUGCAGGACAUCUAUUGCAACCAGAGUUUGGCAAGCACCAUGCAGCCCUACCAGAUGUUGGGUCACCACAAACAGCAGCAAUCUGAGGAGUUGGAGCAGUUACUGGUUCUGACACAGCCGCCGCACAACGUGCCAUCAUUAGAGACCUACGGCGUGUUCACUGCCCCACAGGACCCCACUCACAGCAAGCUGGAGAACGGACGACUCCUCGGAGCCACCAGCACGGCGUACGUCAGGACAUGUCUGAUGCCCAGCGGAAACGGAGUGGCCACAGGCGACAUUCCCGUCCCGUGCCCAGAUGGACUUCCUGCCCUACAGGACUCCCAGAAAUCUGGAUUUUUCCUCUGAGAAGGUACAGCAAGGAAGAGACGAGGAAAGGCAAACUGUCUACAUGUGACAAUCAAAAAUUUUAUAAGGAUGCAAACAAAAAGACUUCAGGUUUGUUUCAUCUCACCUGUGCUGCUCAGAAAACCUCACACCUGCCCCAGCAGAGGAAGAGGACAAGCUCUCAUUGAAAGUUUCCACGUCUGGAUCAAACACAUGCUCUUUACCGUCUGUCAGGGUCUUUAACAGUGUGCUUACUGGAUUUUUGCUCUCAAGCCAAAACUCGUCACUUUCUGACCAGUGUGUAAACAGUUAAUCAAAGAGGAAGUAAGAGGAGGAUGCAGUUACACUCAAUAACAGCAGCUGCAAUUUUAUCUUUAUUAUCGCACUUUGGUGCUCAAAAUAACAGAAGUCAACAAAAAGGCAGGUUUUGGUGCCGUGUAAUGUGACUGAAACCUGGACUAUUCAAGUACUGCUGGCCACAUUUUAACCAUAUGCACACACAGCUGUUGGUUUAUGUUCAGUCUGAAAUGAUCUUUAAGUUUGAAAGACUUUAACCCUCAAACCACCAAGCUAUUUUAGUUUAUAAAAAUUAACUGAGUGGGGUCAUUAAUUAGCCCAUUAAUCCCAUUCAUUUCAGUUCAGUUUCAUUUACAUACCACUUUUUAAUGUUGUGGCUCUAUAGAGCUGUUACAUGUCUGAGUUUCUGUUACACUAAUUAGAGAUACUUUAUAAGCAUAAGAGUUAUUGCCACACACAAACACAGCAUUGUGAAAAAUGCUCAGGUUCUGCAGAAACUUUAAACCUGUUCUGAGCCACUGAGAUUUGAAAACAAACCUCAAGACCCGUCCAGCACACUGCAAUGAAAGAUUGCAUCAAAUAAAGAUAUGUGACAAAGAUACAUCAACACGUUUUCAAGUAAUAAAAUACAGGCGGACCCUUUGAGCGUGACCUUUGUGUGUUGGAUGGAAGUAACGGAGCCUUCAGCAUUUAUGGGGGUUGAGAAGGACCAAAACUUUAGAUGCACACUGAGAAACUGAUAAUAAAAUAACACAUAUGCUACAUCAACAAGAUGCAUUAGUCAUUCAACAAAACGUUCUUUGUAUAGUACCUUUCAUGCAGGAUCAUGACAAGUGGCUAAUAAGAUGUGACAAAAAGUAAUCAAACUAAAUAAAUUAAAUAGACAACACAUUCAGUUAAUACAUUUAAAUUUAAAAUGGUAUUUAGGUCCAAUAAAAGUACAGCAAAACAAAAUUUUACAAAAAAUUAUAACAUAGAAAUACGUAAUAUUAAGCAAAAAAAUCAUUAAAUAAAAUAAGUUAGAUAAAAUAAAAUAAGAAUACAAAGAACAUCAUAAAACUACAGAAGAGGUUUGGGGUCACUAACUUUUUUCUCAGAUUUCUGACUUUUUCUGAGAAAAAAGCCAGAAAUCUGAGAUUAAUGACAAAAUACUUGAGUGAAUUAUGUGUUCUAGUACACUAGUAUACUUUUAACUCCAAAAUCUAGAUGAACCGGUGACUCUGUAAUACUUUGAUCAACAGCUGUUUUUUCGUCCUUUCGUUACUUCCGUGCGUCUAUUUCAAAUGAAAUCUGAACAAAAGCUUCGAGUCUGCAGCUCGACUUGAACUGCAUUUUUCUCAGCAAACUGAAACCAGCAGCUGCCUUUAAAGUAGAAAACGUUUUCGCUUAAAACUCAAUGGUGUUGUGUGCUUUGAAAAAAAAUGGUCACAAGGAGUCAUUUGAAACAUUAAAAACCGCUGGUGGAGACUUUAAUAAUAUACAAUCUGCAGCGUCUUUAAGUGUAAAAGUUUUGAGCCAUUCAAGUUAUAUGUAAAAAAAAAAAAAAACCCUGAGAAAAACAGAUUCUGUACAGAACAGGAU